ACACAAACUACUGCAGAGAAAUCUCCCCAUUGUGGGAGGGGCAGAGACACAAACUACUGCAGAAAAUCUCACCCAUUGUGGGAGGGGCAUAGACACAAACUACUGCAGGAAAUCUCCCCAUUGUGUGACGGGCAGAGACACAAACUACUGCAGGAAAUCUCCCCAUUGUGUGACGGGCAGAGACACAAACUACUGCAGGAAAUCUCCCCAUUGUGUGACGGGCAGAGACACAAACUACUGCAGGAAAUCUCCCCAUUGUGGGAGGGGCAGAGGCACAAACUACUGCAGGAAAUCUCACCAUUGUGGGAGGGGCAGAGACACAAACUACUGAAGGAA